AUGGCUUCCUCAGUCCUGGGCAAGAGACGGAGGGCAACUCUCGACUCAAGUGCUACUGGUGCUGCAAGUGCUAUCUCGCUGCGCUCCAGCAAACGACGGACAAAAUCCCCUCUACCUUGGAUUCAUGAGGAGGAGGAGGAUGAGCCCUCUAUACCGCAAAACACCAUUUAUAGAUCCUCGUCCAGCCGUAACAAUGGUCGCUCGAAACGUACCGUUCCUGACAAGGCAGUCAAGGCUAUCGCUACAUCACCAGUAAAAGUGAUAAAAUCUACUGAGACUGUAACGGACGAAAAUACGCGCCCAAAGGAAUUCACCACCCCCCAAAAGGCAUACCGCUCUAGAGAUGCCCUAUCUAAUGCCAAACCGACCAUCCCCACUACUCCCAAACAUCGUGUGAAAGUUACGGGGAAACCCUUGACUCCUCGAGCUCCCCGUACCUUAUGCCAUGUCACAGCUGCACAGAGUGUCUACACCCCCGCCAGACAGCUAUUCGCAAGAAGUUCAAAUCCAGGUAGACUGGUGGGUCGUGACAGCGAACGGGAGGAACUGACCGCCUUCAUCGACAAUGCUGUACAGUCCCGGAAUGGCGGUUGUAUCUAUGUCAGCGGACCCCCAGGGACGGGCAAGAGCGCCAUGGUCAACGAAGUGUGGCGCGACAUGCACCUUGAGAAAUCUGUCAGGGUGGCCCACAUCAAUUGUGCCAGCAUGACGAGUUCCAGGGAUAUCUACACGAAACUCGUUGAUGAACUGUGCGAUGAUGCGCAGCUGUUUAAGAAGAGUCGGACCGAGUUGUUGGGUGGCAUGUUCUUGCAGCAACGAAGUGCUUCUCCUGCAUUCUAUGUGGUUGCCCUCGAUGAAAUAGACCAUCUCCUAUCAUCAGAUGUCGAAACUCUCUACUCCCUCUUCGAAUGGUCCCUGCAACCCGGUUCCCAACUCGUGCUCAUCGGCAUCGCCAACGCCCUCGACCUAACUGAUCGCUUCUUACCACAUCUCAAGGCAAAGAAUCUCAAACCACAUCUCCUGCCCUUCUUGCCCUAUACCGCGCCGCAGAUCUCUAGCAUCAUAACCACCCGUCUCCGCUCAUUGAUGCCAACAACAGCCCCCAACUGCGGCCCAGCCGACUUCAUCCCCUUCCUACACCCGGCCGCCAUCCAACUCUGCGCGAGAAAAGUAGCCUCCCAAACUGGCGAUCUACGCAAGGCAUUUGACAUCGUCCGCCACACCAUCGAUCUCAUCGAACAGGAAUUCAUCCGGAAUAAAUCUUGUGGCGCGCCUACGAACAGCAUCGCCAGCUCCAAAACACCACUGACCGAGAAUGUUAACCUUGCCUCCCUUAUUUCCCCGCCAGAUACACCGUCUUCGUCGUCAUGCUCGUCAACACAACCCUUGACAGGACCCGUCUACACAGCAGCUACAGCUCCAAGAGCUACAGUCGCCCACGUCGCACGCGUCACCUCCAGCGCCUUUGGCAAUGGCACCACGCAGCGCCUUCGGGGAUUAAAUUUACAGCAAAAGGCCGCCCUCUGCGCCAUGAUUGCCCUGGGUCGGAAGCAGCAGGAUUCAGACGGAAAUGGUGUUCUGAGAACCCCCUCUAAAAUUCCCCGUUCAACAGCCUCAGCCGCGCCAACUGUCAACCAGCUCUUCGCAACUUACUCCACCCUGUGUCGGCGGGAUAAGAUCCUCCAGCCUCUUUCCGCGACGGAGUUCCGCGACGUCAUUGGCAGUCUUGAGACGUUGGGACUUGUAGGGGAGGCGCAUGGGUGGGGUUAUGGGGGUACGCCUUCGUUCUCGUCUUCGUUCUCAUCUUCGUCAUCAGCUAUGACGCCCAGUCGCGCUGCGAGGAAGAAGAGGGGCGAAGAGAGGGGGCUUGUAUGCUUUGUUGGCGAGCGAGAGGUUGAGGGCCAUAUUUACGGGGCUGGGGAAGGGAUUCUUAGGGGGUUGUUGGGGACUGAGGUGUAA